AUGUUAAAUUACUAUUGUGCCCUCGGAGGAAAUGAAUGGACAAAAGGAGCAUACGGAGGAGGGAGAGGGAAAGGGAAAAGAAAGAUGUUUGUGGCAGAAAGAAGCCUCAUCUGUAACAAGCUCUGGUCCUCUCUGCUUGUGAAGAAAAAUGGCAGAGAAUCGGGAACCGUCUUGGCUAAGAGGAGAGAUUUGCCGACUGAAAAUUCAAGUACCCAAGAAGGAGAAUUUGUGUUUCCCCGAUUGACAGUUCUUGCUAGGGGUGUGGUGGCAGUGUUGGGACUAGGAUUCAUUGAUGCAGGGUAUAGUGGAGACUGGUCAAGGAUUGGAGUGAUCACAAAAGAGACUGAAGAAUUGAUAAAGGUUGCUGCAUUCAUAGUUGUUCCCUUGUGUUUGUUUCUUAUAUUUUCCAUCUCCAAACAACAGGAGGAUUGAAGUUGCUGAGGUGGUCUCUUGUGUACUUUUAUUUGUAAAAUGAACUGAGAGUUCUGACCAUAUAUCUUUGUUGAUAUAAGCCUGUA